GUAUGUUUCCAAAGAGCCAAACAGGAGAGAAAAGACUCAUUCAUAAACACAAAGCACAAGCACAAACGCCUCCUCUCUCUCUCUGUGUUUUUCAUAUUAAAUCAAAUCUCCCUAUACCUCUCUACACUACACGGCGCAAUCAAAGCAAAGUCCCUUCCCGGUGUUUCUCUCUCUAUAAUUAUAUAUAGAUAUAGAUAUCUCUAUAUAUUAAACACCUCUCUCUAAACUGCCAAUACAGUCUCACACAUAUACUCUCUUUUCUCGCUCUAAAGACGCGCAGCAAAUUGAAACUCUUGGCCUUCUCUCUCUACUCUUCCCGUUUCUAUUGGGCGAAUCGCACUGCUCUACCAUUCGCAACAACAGGGGCGAUUAGGGUUUGAUCUCUCUUCCUUCAUUCAUUAAUCCUGCGCUUUCAUUGGUCAGUUACACCGUUUUUCGUAUCUGCGCUCUGUUCGAACCCUAGGCUUUUUGAUGCUAUGCGAUUCUAGGGUUUGAUUUUUCUCCGCAUUUUGGGCAAUGGGUUUGAAUUUUCCGCCAUGAACUGUUUUGCUUUCCUCCGGGGAUAGGUUUUGUUUUCGGAAAUUCAGUUUUUGAUUCGAGUUGUUUGCAGUGAUGAGGGUCUUGUCGGUUUCUUCUUGUUGAAAUACUGAGGUCCUUGUUGGCAAAAGCCCUUUUGAAUAGAACCCCUUUUGAUCAAGAGUCUGUUUGGGUUGAUUGUUGGUAUUGGUGUGGCUCUUGGGACACUGUUUGGUGCCUUGAUAGUACAUAUAUAUAUAUAUAUAGUGUACAGAGAGGGCAAGCCCUAAUUAUAGUGUACAGGAUAGUCUGGAUUAUUUUUUGGAAGGUGGGUUUUUGAAAAUUAGGGUUUGGGAAUUUUGAUUGACAAUAAUUGUGGCUUGGGUUUUAUUCAAGGGAGAUUUUGGUAUUGCGGGAAAGCUAAAUUUUGGUACAUUGGGCUAAUUUUGUGAGGAGUAUAACAAUUUUGGUGGGGAAUUGAGUAGCUGAGACUGAGAAAGAAGAAUUAGGACCUGUUUUUCGUUCAUCUUUUAUUUGAUCAUGUUCGGUAAUAGCUAUGGACAAAACUGAGCCGGCAUUAGUUCCUGAAUGGUUGAAAAGCAGUGGAAGUGUGACAGGUGGUGGCAGUACAAACCACCAUUUUGCACCAUCUCUUUUGCAAUCAGAUGAUGGUGCUGCCCUGAAACCUGCAAGGAAGUUGAUGGUGAACAGUAAUGAUCAUGAUACCGGACGUUCAUCCAAUUUGGAGCGAACAACCUCCUCCUAUUUCCGCAGGAGUUCUAGCAGUAAUGGUUCUGGCCACCCAAGGUCUUUCAGUAGUUUUGGUAGAACUAACCGUGAGAGGGAGUGGGAGAAGGACAUUCAUGACUAUCGUGAUAAAGACAAGUCAGUCUUGAGUGAUCACAGGCAUCGUGAUUAUUCUGAUCCUUUAGGAAACAUUUUGCCAGGUAGGCUUGAGAGAGAUAUGUUGAGGCGUUCACAGUCAAUGAUUACUGGGAAACGGGGUGAUAUGUGGCCCAGAAAAGUUGCAGCUGACGUGAGCACCGUCAACAAAACCAUCCAUAGCAAUGGUGAUGGUCAACUUGCUAGUGGCAUUGUCACUAGCAGUGUGCAAAAGGCUGCAUUUGAUAGGAAUUUCCCCUCACUUGGAGCUGAAGAUAAACAAGGAGCUCCUGAUAUAGGAAGAGUCACGUCUCCUGGCUUGACUUCUGCAAUCCAAAGUUUGCCAAUUGGUAAUACAGUGGUGAUUGGUGGUGAUGGAUGGACAUCAGCCCUGGCAGAGGUGCCUGUGAUAAUUGGAAGCAAUACCACAGGUGUCUCAUCUGUUCAGCAAUCUGUGUCUGCAAGUUCAGUUUCUGUGGCUCCAAGCACCACAAGUGGCCUUAAUAUGGCAGAAACACUAGUUCAGGGCCCUGCUCGGGCACGUGCUAAUGCAACUCCCCAGUUAUCUGUUGGAACUCAAAGGCUUGAAGAGUUGGCUCUUAAACAAUCUAGGCAAUUAAUUCCCAUGACACCAUCCAUGCCUAAAACCCUGGUGCCAAGUCCUUCAGAUAAACCAAAAUCAAAGAUUGGACUACAGCCUUUACACCUUGUUAAUCACUCCCAACGUGGGGGCCCUGCAAGAUCUGAUGUUACAAAGACAUCUAAUGUAGGGAAGCUUCAUGUCCUGAAACCAUCCCGAGAGAGGAAUGGUGUCUCACCAACUGCAAAGGAUAGCUUGAGCCCUACAAUGGGCAGCAGAGUAGCAAAUAGCCCCCUUGCUGUCACUCCAUCGGCUGCUGGAUCUGCUUCUUUGAGGAGUCCAAGGAACAAUCCAACCCUUGCUAGUGCUGAGCGUAGGCCAUCUGUUGUUCUCACUAGUGUUGAGAAGAGACCCACUUCUCAAGCUCAGAGCCGGAAUGAUUUCUUCAAUCUCAUGAGGAAGAAAUCUUCUACAAACCCCCCUUCUGCUGUUCCUGAAUCUGGCCCUGCUGUGUCAUCAUCAGUAUCAGAGAAGUCUGAUGAAUUGAUAACAGAAGUUGUCACUGCCCCUGUUACUCCUAAGGGCAGAGAUAUCCUUUCCUCUGAUAAUUCUGGUUUGGACUGGUCAAAUGAGAACAGGGGUGACAAGACUGAAAAUGGCAAUAAUGAAGCCUGUGGUGUAUCUCAGAAUGAUCGGGAUGACGAGAUUGACAAUGUCAAUGGUGAUGCCUGCGAUGUAUCUCAGAGAGAUCAGGGUGAUGAGGUUCACGAUGGCAAUGGUGAUGCCUGUGAUGUAUCUCAGAAAUUUCUAGACAAUGGCGAGAAGCAUUCAAGCCCUGAUGAAGUUCUUUAUCCCGAUGAAGAAGAGGCAGCAUUUUUGCGUUCACUUGGAUGGGAGGAAAAUGGAGAAGAUGAAGGCCUUACAGAGGAGGAGAUUAAUGCUUUCUACAAGGAGUGCAUGAAACUGAAGCCAUCCUCCAACCUUUUGCAAAGGAUGCUGCCUAAGAUAUCUCCACUGCUCGACUCACAAAUGGGUAGUGUUGCUGGUGCCGUGUCUGGAUUGAGCUCAUCUGACUCCGAGUUGAAAUCUUGAUUCGCUAAACCCCUUACCUGACUUGAGAGGUUCUUAAUUUAAUGGCAGAGGUGUUUUCCUUUUCCCUUUUUCCCUUUUCGUUUUUGGGUUUUUUGAUUGAUAUUGAGAUGGAAAUUGAAGGAGCCAAGUUUGGGGGGUGUUGAAUGAAGAAAAAGAAGGAUGCGAUGUGUCUGCUCUUGCAGUUUGCCGGAAGUGAAUAGCAAUAAGUUACAGGUGAUCCGGUUCCUGGAAAGACUUAUGGUUUGCUUUUGCCAGCUUUUGACUUGGGAAAAUUUUCUGAGGUUUAGAGAGAAAAAGUAGGAAUAGAUUUUAAUUUGGCCUGCAAUGCAAUGUAAGAAGAUACUGAGGGAAAAUUUCAUAGUGCUGGAAAUCAUGGGUUUUUUUUUUUCUUUUUUCCUGGGUUUUUCUGAGAGGGGGUCAAUUCAACAAAUAGAUUAUGGUUUCUUUUAGUUCAUUUAAAAAAAGAAAAAGAAGCAAGAAAUUUAUUUCCUUUUGGUUA